AUGGAUGACGAUGAAAUGCAACAAUUCUCAUUGCGCUGGCAUAAUCAUCAGAACAGCGUGAUAACAGCGCUGGGCCGUAUGCUGAGUACAGGUGCCUUAGCUGAUGUCACCCUUAGCGCAAGCGGGACUUCAGUCAAGGCCCAUAGAUUGGUGUUAGCAUCCUGCAGUCAGUACUUCGCACAGCUAUUCAAGGAACUAGACACAGAUGGCAACACUGUAGUGGUGGUGUUGGGAUGCGAAGCUGCAGAACUGAGGCUGCUCCUCACGUUCAUGUACACGGGGGAAGUUACCGCAUCCAAAAGCAUCCUGCCAUCGAUGCUGAGGCUCGCACAGACGCUGAAAGUCUCGGGACUAACGGACGCAGAUACUAAUUCAACACUAAUACCGACUGACGAGCAAACAAACCUUGAACAAUCCAACUCUCCGAUCAAUCUAGAGAUCAAGAGCGACCUUAACUCCAAUUUCAUUGUGAACGACAACUCCAGUGGUAGUUCCCGCCUCGAUGACGUCACUCCAGACAAAAUCAAUCCGACCCACCAGGACUUUACGACGGUCGCGGAAAAGGACAGACUUAGUAAAUUGGACCAGAUCGUACAGAAUUUGUAUAGCACACAUAAGCUUGGGAAUCCAGCAGUGCCUGUUGUUCCACCUAGGAUUAACUUGACAGACCCACCUGAGUCGUACGACAGAAAAUGGCGGACUAACAAUUCCGUAUGCACUAUAUGCAACAAGAGAUUGAGUAAUCAGUACAACCUCCGUGUUCACAUGGAGACGCACGCGGGCAGACGGCACGCGUGCCGCGCAUGCACUCACGUGUCACGCUCCAGAGACGCACUAAGGAAACACGUCGCCUACAGGCACGCGGGCACGCAACGAGACCUAUGA